CGUGUGAGUGUGUGUGUUCUCGUGUUUGAACGUGCAUGGUAACGGAGUAUGAGCUUAGGGGAAGCGUGGAUGCAUGUGAUUUCGUGCAUGUGUGGGUGUGUAAGCUGUGAGACGCUCUGAGCUCUGAGGAGGUGAGCUGCAGAGUGUGCAUGUGUGUGCGGGUGUGUGUUUGGCGGAUUUUGAUCUUUUUGGUCUCACCUGUUGGAGCGAGAGACGGAAGAGCACUGGAUGUCCACGGACGAUGGAAGGAUGAGAGAGGGAGGGAGUGAACACUCCAUCCUGACACCUAGGGAUGCAGAAAUGCAGGAAAACACUCUGCCCUCUUCCACAUUCUGUACAUGAUCUCACAGAAGCUGAGGAUUGCCUAGUUUUGCUCUGAUUGACAGCUGAACGUGUAAUGACCUCCUGAUGGCUGUGAAGUCUCAUCCUCCGGAUUGGAGCUUGUGAUCUCUUGAGCACAGGCUUUAAGGCCCACUAUGACGUCAUCAAAAAGACACUGCAGCAAGCACCUGGAAUUCGUCUGUAUUGCGUCUGUGGGAGUCAGCAUUUGAAAUAAGAGCGGUGAUGAGAGUGUCGCUGCACAGCCCUGCCUGUUGUACCCCCUUGACUCUGAAAUGGACAGCAGCGCGGGGUCCGAGUCGUAUGACGGUCGCCAUGACGAUAAAGAAGAAGGCCUCGGCAGACUCUUUCUACCUGGAAACAGUUCGUGUCAGCUCGUCUCGUCGGCGGCGGCAUCCGUCAUUUCAGCCGAGGAGCAGUUUGAAGACUACGGAGAAGGAGAAGAUGUGGAGUUUAUUCCUAGUAGCCCUUGUGCUGAUGAUGAUACACGGACUAACAGAUUUUCGGACCUGGGCUCCUCACUGCCUUCCAGUGCCGGUCAUACACCUCAGAAAAUCCGACACUUUUACAACAGCGAGCUGCUGGAUGUUUACUGCUCUCAAUGCUGUAAGAAAGUGAACUUGCUCAAUGACCUUGAGGCUCGACUCAAAAACCUGAAAGCCAAUAGUCCAAACAGGAAGAUUUCCAGCACAGCUUUUGGAAGGCAGCUUUUCCAUCACAGUAAUUUCAGCAGCAGUCAUGGCAGCACCGAGGAUUUAUUCCACGAUAGUAUCGACUCCUGUGACAUUGACAUUACUGAGAAGGUGAGUUACCUGGAGAAGAAGGUGUCAGAGCUGGAGAAUGACAGCCUGGCAAACGGAGACCUGAAAUCCAAACUGAAACAGGACAACACACAGCUGGUUCACAGAGUACAUGAGCUGGAGGAGCAGAUUAAGGACCAAGAGACUCGGGCAGAGCAAAGUUUGGAGGAGGAGCUGAAGAGACACCGAGAGGUUUACAGCAAGAUGGAGAAAGACAAGAGCAACCAAAUAGAGCUGCUUUCUAACAGAGUACAGCAGCUAGAGGAGGAGAACUCUGAGAUGAAGGUGAACGUUUGCAGAUUAAAGUCUCAGACUGAGAAACUGGACCAGGAGAAACAGCGCAUGACUGAUAAACUGGAAGACACGAGCCUGCGUCUAAAGGACGAGAUGGAUCUGUAUAAGAAGAUGAUGGACAAACUGUGGCAGAACAGACACGAAUUUCAGAAAGAAAGAGAGGCCAUGCAGGAACUGAUAGAGGACCUCCGUCGGGAGCUGGAGCAUCUGCAGAUGUUUAAGUUAGAAACGGAGAAACCCGGGCGUGGUAGAAACUCCCUGUCUGAAUUCAGUGCUCGAACACGCGAGAUCGAACUUGAGCAUGAAGUCAAACGCCUGCGACAGGAAAACCAUAAACUGCGGGACCAGAACGAUGACCUGAAUGGACAGAUUCUCAGCCUGAGUCUGUAUGAGGCAAAAAACCUCUUUGCUUGCCACACUAAAGCACAGAGUCUCGCCACUGAGAUUGACAAUGCGUCCAGAGAUGAGUUGGUCGAGGCUCUGAAGGAGCAAGAGGAAAUCAACUUCCGUCUCCGGCAGUACAUGGAUAAGAUCAUCCUGGCUAUACUGGACCACAAUCCCUCCAUCCUGGAAAUCAAGCACUAGACCCAUCCUGAUGAAGUGGCGGUUGGAGCCACUUUGUGGCUGGGGGAGUAAGACACUUGACUAUUCCACUCCACAUCUGGAUCAGGAGAUAAAAAAAACCUGAUACAUCUAGAAUAUAAUGUCAAAUAUAUUCUUCAUUAUACAUUCAAUUUUGUGUACACACACUUAACUCUUUCGAUUACAGUGUACACUCGCGUCACUGUUUUGAUUGCAGUGUACAACCACUUCACUGUUUUGAUUGUGUCUCUUAUCUCACACAAUGUAGUUUUUCACUAAAGUCAGUCCAGGAUGGUUUCUUGUUAUUAGUUAAAAGCAGCAAGGAGUAAAAACCAUAGUACUAAAAGCACUUUGGCUAAUUUAACUUCCACUUUGCAUGAAACUAAACAUCUGGUUAGUUCAUGUCUCUGAUCAGACAGAACGCAACGAACCAAUAUUACACACCGUUCUCUUAAUCGUCCGUCAAUCUGCAAUGAGUAGCACCUUCUUCUUACUGAAAUAUGAGUUUUAUUACCUCAGCAUGCAAAAGUCUAGAUAAAUAAACUCAAUGCACCUCAAGACCACCACUCUGAAAUAUGUCACGUUACAAAAGAAAUAUGAUUGAGAAUUAAGAUCAGUUGUAACAUAUAUAGAAUGAAUCUCGCUCCUAAUAAUAAAAAAUAUAUUAAAAUGGUUCAAUGAAGCAGCACAUCAGUGUGCUAGAGGACCGUCCUGAGCCAUAAUCAGUUAUUAGACCUUACUAUUAUUACCAUUAGACAGGGUUCUUUGGCACCUUAUGCCCGAUAAGACAGGUUUUCGACCGCUGAUAUAACUGCCCGUGUGUGUGUGUGUGUGUGUGAUGUAGAAUGGAUGCUUUGGGGAAAUACGAUUUCCUUUCUGUGGCAAUAAGCAAAUGCUUCACCGUUGCCCUUCAGCUAGAAUCCCUGAACACAUCAUGUAUCCUAGCAAGAAUACAAAAUAAUCACAAUACAAUACGUUAAAGUAAAAUUAAAAUAAACUUGAAUGAAAUAACAUUGUCUCCAACACAGCAAUCUUGGACAUUAUUAUUAUUAUUAUUAUUGCUUUAUAUUAUUGUUGUUGUUUGACUAAUAAUGUUAAUAACAACAACAAUAAUAAUAAUUGCAUUAAACACGUUUCCAAUGUGAUUAAAAAACUAAUUCCUAGAAUAAAAUAUAUCAUGGAAUAAAAGUGAUCAAAGCAAACUGAAGCACAUGCUAAGCGGCUAGGUGGAAAGAGCUGAUUGACAGAGCAAUAUGUAUCACCUCGUUUUUAAACAUUGUUGGCUGUAUUGUCGGAACGUUAGCUCACUUGGCUGCUGUAGUAGACCCUCACGUCUCACAUACGUUGCUUGUGUAGUCAUGUUAGUGUUAGUUGAGUGUAUGAUUUCUGUCAGUUCACUAACACCCGAUUCAUCACUUCAUGUUGCCUUGGUGUUCAAUGCCGUGUUUAUCUGAGAUUUUUUACCUCUCCUUUCUCUUUUUUGUGGGCUGGUUUAUGUGUGUCAUGUUUCUGAAGCAUCAUAUAAUUAGCAACAGGGCACAUGCUCCUUUAAGAUUCCUUUGAUAUUGACUUAAAAUUAUGCGACAGUGGCCUGUCAGGGGAAGUUAUAGGAAUUUUCUGGAUUGUAAAUGUUUCAUCGAAUUAUGCAUUUGCACAAAGCAGGAUUGUUUACAGCAUAUUGUGUGUCUCCAAGCGGAUACGGGAUACAUUCUUAAUUAUUUUGAGAGAAAAAGAUAGAAAUAAUACGACAGAUUAUUUUCGUACAGAAGUGUAAAAGGUGUUCAACCCCUAAAACAGCAACCUUUCGUAUUUUUUCUAAUCUCCUAAUCCAUUUUUCGAAAUAGGUCAGGACUAAAUAGUUGCUGUUUCAUUAAGAAUAAUAAUUAGACAUGAAAUGUAGUCUUUGAGACAGAGACACUGAUGUAAAAGUACAUUAGGCUGUUUAAUCAGCAGUAAUUACACUUCAAUUACCCUUCAUCAAUCAGAGGAAGCUGUGUGUCGAAGAGUAAAAUAAAGAGUAAUCGACCUUCCAGCAAUAAAAUGCUUCAUAUUUCAUUACAUGUGUCUAGAAGAGCUGAUGGAUGUUACGUCACUCAUGUUGUUUGUGCUAGCUACUUAGUGACUCGUUAGCUGUGUGGGGCGUGUUCUAAAAAGUAGCUUCAAGUGGACUUAACAGGGGUAAAUAGAUGUACUAUGAAGUAGUACUGGUUGCCAUGGUAAUUGUGGUAAAAAUGCGUGGCGUUUUCCACUUGACAACUAAUCAGUUUUUCUGUUGCUAAAAAGAAACAUUCCGUUAAGGUAAUUGGUUUGUGUAUAAACUUCAGCAGUGUUAAUCUGCAUCAUGUUAUCUACUCUUUUCACUACCGUUGGUACUCAAUGCACAUUCCAAUUCGAUCCAUAUUUGCGUAAAGUUCAACUUUGAUCAUCUUGGUCGCAUCGCCGGACACGUCCAUUUUUAUGAUGUAGAUAUGUGAAAACUCUCACUGCUUGAGAAAUUCUCUCAAUACAAAAAAAAAGUCAGUUGAAUCAACCGGCUGUGUAUAGCAUUGCUAGAAGAAGUUAGCAUUUUAGUGUAUAAGAUAUUAACAUGUAAGACAAUGUCAUACUCAACAUUCUAAAACACAAGCGUAUUUAUAGUUAAACACACAACUAAAUACACACAUAAAGACUCACAUAAAGAAGCCUUCAGUUCUCACUUGUUUUAGUCGGUUUAGUGAGACCAAUGGGAUUAAAGAUAAGCUAAAACAGUGCAGUCGUGUACACCUUACAAAUAAAGGAUGUGUCCCUUUGGGUAAGAUGAAUAUACUAUACAAUCAAAAAGUGUUCUCACUGUAAAUGUCAUGAAUGUAUCACCUCUGUUUUUUAAACCACCUUUUGUUUACUUUUUAUUUAUAUAUUAAAAAGUCACCUGAAUGACAGCAUUGCAGAUGACUGUGUAGUUCAGAUUACUGCAACCACAGAAACGCACACUAUUGCACAAAUCGCAUGUAAUUAGCUUGUUUUAUGUUUGCGUUCUAUUUCUGUCUUUUAAUAACAUUUUAAUAGGAACUUUUUUUGGAUAUAUAUACAAAUAUCAGUCCCUCCAGGGUUGCACAGUUGAUGCUUGAAUUUGCUGCUUUUAUUUUUUUUUUCAAAACAUUUUUUUUUUUGUGUGGAAAACGAACGUGUGAACGUGCAAAAGCACAGGAUUCUUCUCCUUCCUGUACAUUACAUAUGUAAUGACUUCCUGUGACAGCAGUAACUCAUGUUCAACGCACGUGCAGCAGAUGAAUGUGUUGUGAUGACGUCACACGACACGUCUUGGCCCGAAUCUGCAGAAAAUCUGAGGUCAAUUUUAAUUUUUUUUAAUUAAUUUUGCGUGCAUUUCUGAAAUCCUGGGGGAACUAAUAUACUCUAUUCAUCCAUAGAUAAUUUGCAUCGUAGCAUUGUUGGAAAACUGUACAGUUUGUAUUUAUAUACACACACACACACACAUAAGCAAAUGAUGUUUUUUUUUGUUGUUUUUUUACAGUUUUAGCAUAAAAUAGACAUUUUUAUUAUUUGUGUGUGUGUUUAGGUUUAUUCUUUGUUCUAUACAGCAAAGAGAAUUUUGUAAUUAUAGCUGAAUCCUCAUAUGUUAAGAUGAAAUAAAAGUUCUGUCAUUUAACUUAUUUUAAGCAGUUAGUAAUAACGUCUUAUCAGAACGUCACAUUCGAUGUUUUGUGCAAAUUUUGUGCAAAGGUCCAGUGUUUGCACUAAUAACUCUGCGUAUAGAUAAAUACAGGUAAUUAUGCUAUAUUGUUUGUUUAUUUUUGUAAAUGCCAAACAAAAAACACUUUCACUAACUGAUAAUUUUAGCAGCAUUUGUUUUUUUUGUACUGAUUUGAUAGAUGCUUCUUCACCGCCCACAGUCUCAAGUUUUUGCUAUAUAAAAAAGAAAAUAAAUCCAUGUUCAUGAUCUAGUGACAAACUGCAAAUGGAAAACUAUAAUAAAAGCGUUUGCAUUAGCAUGAAUUGGCGUUAU